CGCCUACGGCAGCACUGUCGGCUUGGGUUGUUGUUUCCUAUCCGCCAUUUUCCAGUCGCCAUUGAAAGGUGAAAACUUCACUAAAUGUCGGUGAUGAUUUUAAGAUUUUGAGUGGUUUCUUUAAGAUUGAACCCGUUUUUAGUGUUGUGAAAUGAAAAUGAAGUGCCCCGGACUACCAUGACGCAUCAAAAUCACCAAACAAACGGUGCAAGUCUCGAGGAUUGCCACACAAACUUCUUCGCCUUGACGGAGCUGUAUGGCAUAAAAUGGCGUAAGCUCGUAUGGGGGGAGACGAGCGGCGGCGGCGACGGGGAGGAGGGCGGCGCGCCGCUGGCGGACCCGGUCAUCAGCAGCUACGCGCGCUGCCUGGCCGGCGACAUCCUGUGCGUGUGGCGGCGGGUGCCGGCGCCGCCGCCGCCCGACAACAUCUAUGAGAUGAGCACCCCCGCGCCGCCGCCCCUCUCCCUCCGAGCCGCUAAAGAGCUAUGGAUAUUCUGGUACGGCGAAGAGCCCGACCUGAAUGGUCUAGUUGCACCAGAACUUAUUGCCAGCCAAGGUGACCAGGGCUCGUGGGAGAGUGGACUCUCGUACGAAUGUCGUUCGCUGCUGUUCAAGGCUCUUCACAAUCUUAUUGAAAGAUGCCUUCUGUCGCGGGACUUCGUGCGGCUCGGCAAAUGGUUCGUCCAACCAUACGACGGCGACGAACAAGAAGUCGGCAAGAGUCCAUGGCACCUGUCGUUCUCGUUCGCGUUCUUCCUGCACGGCGAGAGCACGGUGUGCGCGUCGGUGGACGUGCGACAGCACCCGCCCGUCCGGACGCUGACCGCCAAGCGCCUCGCCAAGAUCAACUCGCCCGACAACCAGGCUGAUGCCAAAGUGAUCCUGGCCCCGUUCGGUCUGGAGGGCACGCUGUCUGGUCGCGAGUGGAGCGAUGCGGACGCGGCCACGGCGCGGCUGCUCGACGCCUGGCGGCAGCUCUACCCGUUGGAACAGGGCUGCGGCGCUGUAGAGGUCCGCGUGGGCGGUGCUCGCAUGCGCUACCCGGUGCCGUACGUGCUGGUGACGAGCAUGGAGGCCGCCGCGCCCGAGCGCCGCGCGCCCGCCGCCGCGCACCGCGCCCUCGCCGCGCUCACCACGCCUGCUCCGCACCAGGCGGCUGAGAUCUGCUUCAGCGACACGACAGCGGAUAAGUGCGAGGACUUCAUAGAUCCCACCAGAAAAACUCCUUGUACCUGUGCGAAGGGUGUGUCGCUGGGCGGCGCGGCGUGCUCGCCGGGCAGCUGCGGCGGCGGCUCGCCCGCGGCCGGCGGCUCGGCGCCGCCCUCCGCCGGCGCGCCGCAGUCGCCGCACCACCAGCCGCCGCCGCCGCAUCAGUCAACGGGUGCGGUCCCAACGACGCUGCACACGCCGGCGCCGACGCCCGACCCUCACGCGCCGCCCACUCCUGCGCCGCCUUCUCUACCGCCGCCCAAGACUUACACUCAGGGCGAGUCGGUCCCCGGCUGCGAGAUAUCCCGGCGGCCGACGCUGCCCGCCGCCGCGCCGCGCCUCGACCCGCUCGAAGACGAACACUCGCUGCACAUGCUGUAUGACUACACCACCGUAUACGCAUGGUUGGAACACCCAGUAAAGCGGUUCAAGUCGUCACAGAGCAGCUUCCGCGAGGAGAUGGCGCUGGGCGCGGCGCCGGCCGACCUGUACGCCGGACACGACCACACCAACGUGCCCGCCAUGCGCGACCAUCGGAACGAUGUUAAGCUGGAGAAGCAUGAACAUAAUGAGGAUACAAAAGAGUACAAGAACCUAUUCACAUCGGACGGCUUAUGUCCGACAUUCAAAGACCUGGAGCAGAUAUUCGACAACUCGGACGACGCGGCCAGCGGCGAUGAGACGGUAAGACUUCUGCAAGUGUCGACGCCGCCGGACUCGAACAAGUCUGAGGAGCGGUGCCUGGGCCGCGGCUGCCCGCGGGCCGAGGAGCUGAGCAAGAUGUUCCCCACGCCGCCCAGCAUGGAGGCGCAUGCGCAGGCCUCGCCCGCCUUCUCGCUGCCCGACGACGCCACGCCGCACCCGCGCCAGCCCGGCUCGCCGCCGCCUGACAUACCCAUCGAGGACUGGUCAUACGUGUUCAAACCGCCUACCGUAUUCAAAUACGUGGGCUCGUCUAAGUACGCGCCGCUGACGACGCUGCCGAGCCAGCUGCUGCCGCCCGUCACGCUGCCGCCGCAUGCCGUGUACCGGCCGCGCUGCCACCAGGAGCACGACGACCACGACAAGCGGGAGCCGGACGCUGAUGCCGAUACCAAUAGGACGGCCGGUGUGAAACGCUCCGCUCCCCCUACCCCUGAAAGCCGCGAGGCGCGGAGUCGGAACGCUCGCGAGCCGGGCCCCGGGCCCCCGGGCCCCGCCACCACCAACACCUCCGUAGUGCCGCGAGCACAGGCGCGGGUGGCGGAGGCCGCGCCGGCGCCGCCCGCGCACGUGGCCUGCCCGCUCAUGCUCAACGUGCUGCUAGCGGAUACCGUGCUCAACGUCUUCCGCGACCACAACUUUGAUAGCUGCACGCUUUGCGUCUGCAAUGCUGGACCUAAGGUCGUGGGCAACAUCCGCGGCGCGGACGCGGCGACGUACCUGGCGGGCUGCUCGGGCAUGGGCGGCGCGGCGGGCUCGUCGCCGCGGCCGGACGACGAGCCGGCGCACUGCACGUGCGGCUUCAGCGCCAUCCUCAACCGCCGCCGCGCACACCGCGCCGGACUCUUCUACGAGGACGAGAUGGAGAUCACGGGCUUAGCGGAGGAGCCGGGCGGGGCGGAGGCGGGCGCGCUGGGCGAGGUGGCGCGCGCCGUGCUGGCCGCCAGCGCCGCCCCGCCCGCGCCGCCCGCCGCCGCGCUGGCCCGCGCCGCCGCCGCCGCCGCCGCCGCGCCGCCGCACGACGACCUGCGCCUCAACCUGCUCGAGUACACGGACGGCGGCACGGCGGCAGCGCGAGCUCUCCGCGCGUCCAUCACCUCAGGCGUCAGCGUGAACAGCCUCAGCAGCGCCAACGCCCCGCAAGCUGUGCAUCGCUGGCCCUUUAUCGGGGCACGAGCGCCCAGAUCCUCAAGGGACGUCGUCAGAUUAAUGCGGCGACUAAGGCCCCUCCUACAAGAUGCGAUACAGAAGCGUUGUUGUGGCGCCCGCAUGUGGGACGGUGUGACGGGCCCGCUCACGUGGCGCCAGUUCCACCGCCUCGCCGGCCGCGGCAACGAGGACCUGUGCGAGCCGCAGCCCGUGCCUCCUCUACUGGUCGGACACGAUCGCGACUGGAUAUCAUUGUCACCCUACGCGUUACGACAUUGGGAACGAUUAGCUCUCGAACCAUAUUCGUACGCUAGAGACGUAGCGUACGUGGUACUAGCGGCCGAUUGUGACUCCCUGACCGAGCCGCUGAAGGCUUUCUUCCGCGAGCUGUCGACGGCGUACGAGUCGUGCCGGCUGGGGCGGCACCAGCCCAUCGGGCGCGUGGCGCGGGACGGGCUGGUGCGCUGCGGCGCGGCGCGGCGGGCGGCGCGCGACGACUGGGCGGGCGCGCUGCCGCCGGGCCGCCUGGGCGAGCAGCUGCGCGCCUACGCCGACACGCUGCGCGCGCACCUGCUGCCGCAGCUGGCGGCGCUGGGCGGCGACGCGCUGCUGGACGCCGAGCCGCGCCCGCCCGCCACGCCCGAGCCCGCGCCCGACGACGCCGAGCCCGCGCCGCCCGCGCCGCCGCCCGCCGCGCCCGCCGCCGCCGAGGAGGAGGGCGGCGCGCCGGCGCUGGUGGUGUACGUGGUGGAGCCGCCCGCCGCGCACGCGCACCGCCCGCUCGCGCUGCACGCGCUGCUCAGGCUCGUCACACGAACUAUGGACCACUUACAUCACCACAAUCCGCUCGUCAAGAUCAUUUCCCUGGAGAGCAUAUGCUCGCGCUGGGGCCUGGGCGCGGCUCGCGACACAGGCCCGGCGCCGGGCGCGGAGGGCGGCGCGGGGCAGGCGGGCGGCGGCGCCGACGUGCGCGCGCUGGCCUUCAGCGUGUUCACCGGCGCCCGCCGCCUGCUGCAGCACCACGCCAACGGCAAGUCGCUCACCGGCUUCGGCACCGCCGCCGACGCCAACCUCUUCCUGCAGGCCAAAGAUGAGAAGAACCGCGCCCCAUACGCGCUGUUCUCCCCCGCGUGGGUGCUGGCGGCGCCGCGCGCGCUGAAGGAGGUGGCGGAGACGUGGGGCACCGGCGCCACCGAGGCGGGCGGCGUGCUGUUCCUCGCCUACUGCCUCAGCCACGACCAGCGCUGGCUGCUGGCGGCGGCGUCCGACGCGCGCGGCGAGCUGCUCGACACCGCCGCCAUCAACAUACAUGUGCCGCACAGAUCUCGGCGGCGGCGCAGCGCCCCGGCGCGGCGGCUGGGGCUGACCAAGCUGAUGGACUUCACGCUGGGCGUCAUGAGCCAGGCCGCGCAGCCCUGGAGGCUGGUCGUCGGCCGCGUCGGACGCAUCGGACAUGGAGAACUCAAAGGCUGGAGCUGGCUGCUGUCACGCAAGCACCUGGUGCGGGCGUCGGCGCAGCUGCGCGAGCUGUGCGGCAGCUGCGGCGUGGUGUACCCGGCGGGGGCGCCGUGCAUCGUGUCGGCCUGCCUCGUGUCCACGGAGCCCGACUCCUGCCUGCGCCUCAUGGCCGACCGCUUCACGCCCGACGAGCGCUUCUCGCAGGCCUCCAUCCAGUCGCACCUGCACACGCCGCGCGACGUCACCGCCACGCACAUCCUCGUCUUCCCCACCUCCGCCACCACGCAGUCAAACCAGAUGCCAUUCGAGCCACCGAUGGCGAACGGCGAGGACAGCGACAUGAUGUUCCUGAACGUGGACAUGGGAGACGAGGACAUGGGCGAGGACAACAUGACGGACUUACUCAUCGGCGACAUGUUCAACAACAUGUGGGCGGCCGGCAGCCCCCGCCGGACUGACGACGACCCCGCCGCCAGCCCGCAGGCGCAUCACCAUCACCAGGCCGCCUUCCAUCAUCAAGAUGAUAAUGCUGCCGAGGCGGUGGGCGCGCUGCUGCAGCAGCCGCUGGCGCUGGGCUACAUGGUGUCGACGGCGCCGCUGGGCGCCAUGCCGGCGUGGUGGUGGGCAGGCUGUGCUCACCUGCGCGGCGCCUGCCCCGCCUUCCUCAAGACGGCGCUGCACCUGCACGCCGGCAGCCUGCAGGCCGCCGACGACUACACCUCGCUCACGCAGCGCCGCGACCACAACACGCACCCGCUCGACUCGCAGGUCACCACCGAUGUGCUCAGAUACGUGCUAGAAGGUUAUAACGCGCUGUCAUGGUUAGCGCUGGACGGCAACACUCACGACCGGCUGUCGUGCCUGCCGCUGCACGUGCAGGUGCUCAUGCAGCUGUACCACACGGCCGCAGCGCUCGGCUAGACCACCAGCCGAGUGCCGUAGUGACGUGCCAGUGACAGUGUCUCAACUAGUGCAGUGUAGUGACGUGUACGAGUGACGAGUGACUAGUGAACAAUCGGAUCUGACAUAAUAAUAUAGUAUCGCGCAGGAAGCCUUACAACUAUCUCUAACACCUAUUAAUGUUAAAAAGUUUACACUCGUUAACAUUACAGGUGUUCAGGAUGGCACUAAAUGUGCCAUAAUGUUGGAUAAUGACGUCAGCCUGCCUACAUACUAUUUAUUAGAGUAAUUUGUUGAAGUUGGACAUCAUGGUUGUAGUGGUCAUAUGGGUAAUAUUGCUAUUUAUCUUAUUUAUUUUUUAUUUAUAUGUAUUUUGUUGAUAGUUUAUCCAGUUGAACCGGACCGUUAAUGGUUCUGUUUCAGACAACUGGAUAGUAUAUAUUUUUUAUGUAUUUUUUUUACUAAUGGUAAUUUAAAUCUUGGUACCAUUUGCCUUAUUUUGUCUCCAGACAACUAUACAAAUAGCUUGUUUACAAUGAUAAAUAUGAAUUAAAGUAUUGCCCAUGGAUCACUAAGUUGAAGUAAGGUAAAUGACUAAAAGGCAGCAUAAAGGUAGACUCGUAGUUGAUGACAGUACUUAGAUAAAUUAACUAGUAGGGAGUGUAAGUUCUGGGCCUCGUUACGAUAUGUUGUUGUUGUCAAAUGUUGGAGAGUCCUCUACGUGUUGUAGGGGACAGUGUUGGGUGCGGUUUCGCUCUGUUUAGUAACAUUCUGUAUGUAGCAACAUGCUUUAGCAAUUGUUUUACUUACAGAUUCAUUCAUUUUCAUUUUUAAUGCUAGACAGUGGGUCAAUAUAGCUCUUGUAUACUUUAAUUAAGUAAACAUGAGUUAGAACCUUAGAUAAAAAGACCAUCAAUUAUGAAUACAUUAAGUUGAGACAUUACUUUUGCCCUACUAUUAACAACUCCUUACGUUCUAAAGUAAAUUACUACAAACAUACAACAGUUUACUGUUUGGUAAAAUAUGCCUUAUUAAACAGAGUGAAUUACCAUGCACAAACUUCUAAAUUGAAAUAUCAAAAAUGUUAAAUUAAUUACUAGGAAAAUUUAAAAAUGCAAACUAGUUAAGCCGGGGAAUCUAGGUUAAUAAGUUUGAUCACAAAAUAAGGUCCAAUUUGGCAUAUGAACAGUUUUCCAUGUUUUAUAUAUGAAUCAUUCACCACAUGUCAAAAGGCAUUUUAAUUUAUAACCAGCAAUCAAUCCAUUCGAAUAUCAAGGUCUUUCAAUCAAUUUAGUUUGCUGGAAAACAAAACCUAGUUUACAAAGUGCCAAUUAGGGCAAACAAAAAUAUCAAAUUUUAUUCAUAAGAACUUUCAAUUCAUAUUAGGUAUACAUGUUUGCAUACAGUUUUUGAUAGUUAUUUUUCAAUCAGUUUUUAAAUAUUAUGAGUGAUGAACUUUUAUCAUUUUCUUGCUAAUAAUAUCUAGUUACAUUUUUUAAAAUAAAAUCAGUAAGAAUCCACUUCCAUGCAGUCUUGUCGGAAUAAACAAUACUUCCUGAUCUCUCAUUCCAGAAUUGAAAGUGAACCUCAUUUUAUGUAGCUAUCAUUUUUAUUAGACAGACAUGACCUUCAAAUACUUAUAUAUAAAUGUAGAAAAUUUUAAAUAACGCGCCCAAAAGGCUAAAUGCAAUAAAAUAAGGAUUUAUGUGGGAUUAUUGUAAUUAGAUAGUUAAUUGCUCACAAUAUCCCUUUUCUCUCUCUUUUACCUCAAAUAUUUUCACACCUCGACAUUAAACUUCCGUCGAUUUAAUUAUCGUAGCUAGUGUUAAAAUUAAUAGCAAAAUAAAAUUUCAUGUUUUCAAAUAACGUUAGUAUCCAAAUAAGGAUUUUGAAUUCAUUUAGCUUGUAUAAAAUUGAUAUUUUCUGCAAUGUAGAAAAUUUUGAGUCCAAUUUUAUAUUUCACUGAGCUUUAAUUUUACUACUGCAUCAAUUCAUUUUUUUCAUACAAAUCAGGUUUUAUUUUGAUCUCAAUGGCCAUUUUACUCUUUGAUACUGACUAAACUUUAGAGGCAAAUGUAAAGUUUAGUGAUUUUACUAAAGUGCAUCAAGUAAUUUUAUUUGGUCAUGCUCGGAACUUUAAUUUAUGGAAAUUAAUAUCUAACAUUCAACCACAAGUUAACAUUUGAACAUCACACAGACACACACGCACAUACGGUUUUUCCGACUUCAUAGUGCAAAUGUCUGAAUGCGACAUCAUGAAAUAUUUAUUUCUUAACGAAAUCGACGUCACAAUUUUUACAACUGCAGCACAUUAUUACUGCAAUGUAUGUAUUAAUGUAGUGUAUUUUUUGUAAAUUUUCGUUAUUUUAAUAAACCGGUAUGAAUUACCAAAGGAGUUAGAUAUGUAUAGUAUUUUAGAUAUUUUUUUACUGAUGUUUCUUAUUAAAUCGUCCACCAAACCAUCUCACUUAUUAUAACGACACUUGUCGACACGUACGUUCAUGCAUUAUUUUUGUAGGCUUUUAUGAAAAAUGCAAUUUUUCCUAAUUUGUAGUGUUUUGCACAACUUUGCUUUAUGAAUCACGUAGUUUCAAUCUCUAGGGACAAAAUGUAUUUAGAUAAAUUGACCACUGAAGUAAACUUGAAUUCUGUACAGUUUUAUACGAGGGAACAAAAGCUCAACAUUGCUUCUCACAUGUGCUGCAUUGCACCGGCAUUCUAGCGUACACUAAUGUUCAAAUGAUCACUUGCGUAAUCUGCGGAGUGUCCGUGCGAUGUCGGUAACAAUUCUACAACAAACAGAUUUGCUAGUAAAUAUAUCUUAUGAUAACAAAAUACGAAACGGUGCAAUUGCGUAGCGCAACAAUAGUAACUGCUUCUAGUGUGAAUAUUCUCAGCUGUACUUUUACUAAAACGUAGAUGCAGUGAGUGCGAAGUUAAACUUUUUUGCGAAUGCUACACCUAAUUUGUCAGCAUUGAGCAGAAACGUUGUUUGCGUGGGAAAAAAGCACUUGAAGCAAUUUAUUCUAUGGCUGCGUUAUGCAAUUAAGCUGCAGAAAGCUAAUUAGAAACACCAAUAGUUUAUCGUUAGUUAAAAUAAAAUAGUGAUAAAGAGAGCCCCCUAGAUGAUGUUGGAAGUAGCAUUUGUAUAAUUAGACAUUGUCGUUUUAUAAAAAAAGAAUAUAAAAUGGAGCCAUUUGAAACAACAGAAGAGCGUGUUGAUGCGUCGAAUCUCCGACAGUUUAGUAGUUAUAAUGAAAUUUUCUAUUUUAAUAUAUUAUUAAAGCGUAAGCGUAGGGAGGUGUGCUGUGAAAACAAAUCUGUAAAUAUGUCCGAUGCGUGGUUUGGAUCGUGUAUUACUCAUUUUUUAUUGAUAUAUUCCAUUUUUAAUCUUAUUUCUGUGGACUGAGUUCGGAAAAAUCAAAAAUCUUAAAUUAAUUUUUCGUAUUGAACAAAUUAUCAGAAAUCAGAUUGUAAAUUAUUUUUUUGUUGCUUAGUACCUAAUUAUUUUUUGUAUUGUCAAGUGAUGGUAGGCAAUUUGUACAGGUUUUGUAUGUAUGCGCGAGCGCAGCGCCGCGGCGGUUUGAAUAAAUUAUUUAAUGUAGACGCGGCCCGCCCGCCACUUAACUGAAUUAUGCCUAGUUGAAUAUGAAAUGUUUUAAAUGUGUUACAGCAUUUGAGAAUAUUUAAUGAUGUUGUAUAUAGUUUAUUAUUUUGUUUUGUAAAACGACAUUUUGUACAUAUACUCGAUGUAGUAUCGAAUACCGUUAAUUAUUUGCCCACAUUGCCGAUGUAUAAUGGAGCACGUUUUAAAGAAACCACUCGUAAUAUUUUGUACAGUUGUUAAUCGAGAUUCGUAGUUGAAUGGAUUAUUUUAAGGAUUUCGUUUUUUUGACUUUUUUGUUAUUGUGAAUUUGUCAAUUUUUUUAGGGAAUUGGGAUCGUACUGUACAUAGACCUCACCAUUUUGUCAUAUAUUAGUUGUAAGCGGUCAAAUCUGAUGAUUGAUGUGGAAAUCAAAUUUUCUAAAUGGAGCAAUCAUUAGAAAUUCGUAAAACAAAAUUAGUGUAAUACUUGAUAUUAAUAUAACUUUAUAAAUAACUGUGAAAAUAGGUAAUAAUAAUUAUGAAUAAAAUAUUACAUAUUUAAAAA